CUUCUCCCAGCCAGCGCUGGGGGUUGCCGCCGCCACCGCCCGCUCUCGACCUCCGCGUCACCUCGCCGCCAUGCCCGGAGGCCUCCUCCUCGGGGACGAGGCUCCCAACUUCGAGGCCAACACUACCGUCGGCCGCAUCCGUUUCCACGACUAUCUGGGAGACUCAUGGGGCAUUCUCUUCUCCCACCCUCGGGACUUCACCCCAGUGUGCACCACGGAGCUUGGCAGAGCUGCCAAGCUGGCACCGGAAUUUGCCAAGAGGAACGUGAAGCUGAUCGCCCUUUCCAUAGACAGUGUAGAAGACCAUCUCGCCUGGAGCAAGGAUAUCAACGCUUACAAUGGCGAGGAGCCCACAGAAAAGCUACCUUUUCCCAUCAUUGAUGACAAGCAUCGGGACCUCGCCAUCCUGUUGGGCAUGCUGGACCCGGCGGAGAAAGACGAGAAGGGCAUGCCCGUGACGGCGCGCGUGGUGUUCGUUUUUGGUCCUGAUAAGAAACUGAAGCUGUCGAUCCUGUACCCGGCCACCACGGGCAGGAACUUCGACGAGAUCCUCAGAGUCGUCAUCUCGCUCCAGCUGACCGCGGAGAAGAGGGUGGCCACCCCCGUCGACUGGAAGGACGGAGACAGCGUGAUGGUGCUCCCAACCAUCCCUGAGGAGGAAGCCAAGAGAAUUUUCCCUAAAGGAGUGUUCACCAAAGAGCUCCCAUCCGGCAAGAAGUACCUGCGCUACACGCCGCAGCCCUAGGCUCCCUCCCACGCCCCCAGAGUCGGUGCCGAUGCUGCCCACUCAGCACAGGGGGCCGGACGGUGCCCGCUGCCUCUCGUGUUCCCUACAGCAAUUCCGUAGAAACAUCCCAGGGUGACCGCAGCCACGGCCGUUAGGUUGCUGCACCGCUGGCUUAUUAAAUGAAAAUAGCACUAGGAACUCCGCGGGAGUCUGCUCUGUGCCUUCACCAGCAUUCUGUCCUGUUCCUGAAUCUCAGCGCUCUGGCCGGCCCUCUCUGACACAUGUUCUGUAUUUGAGACUCACAUCUUGCUGGAUCUCUGCAGGGUUUGUGAUCCACGGCGGUGGAGGCGGGUGAUGGUUGGAAAAGCCUGCUUCGCUCCAUCAUGGACUGGCCAUAAGUUUUUUGGGUUUUUUUUUUUUUAGCUAUUCUAGUCAAAUCCUCUCUUUUGUUAUGCAUUUUUGGGAGCAGCAGAACUUGAGCUUCCUCUGUAGAUCUCUUAAUUAUAUAACCCGGAAAGUCAGUUACCCAGAUAUUCUUCAGUAUUCAGUGUUUUGAUCACAGCUAAGGGAAAACACUUUUCAAUUCUGUACUUUUCCAGUAGAUAACGGAAGUGGGAAGAGCAGGGGGAGGGGUCUUUAACUAUUUUGCUAAAAGAAAACUUUUCAAUAAAUUUCUUAUCCAAAGAGAGAAGCCACA